AUGGCCACUGCUGGCUAUACUCGUCUUCAAUCCUAUACUUAUUGUGCUGUAUUCGCUUCCGGAGAAUUACCAUCGCCGAAAGCUAUGCUUGAGGCAACAGCUGAAGCUAAUAAUUUAGCUGCUAAAUCAACAUCAAAAGAAUUUUAUAUUCGUGCAAUGGAACAGCAUUGCGGUGGUGAUCGACCAUAUAUUCAUCCAAAUCAAUUAGAUAUUCUUCAUCAAGAAGUUCGUCGACAAGCUAUUGAAAAAUUUCGUUGUGCACGUAAAAUGGGUGGUGAAGAAAUGUCAUUAAGUUAUCAACAAGAUUUAGAAAAUGAAAUUCUCGAACUUUAUACUAAUUAUAGGAAACAUAAUGAUUCGAAAAAUGUGUUUGCAUUUAGUCGUACACCAACAACAUUUAUAUCAUCAAUGGUUAUAUGUUAUUUAGUAGCUGGUAUACUUGAUACAUUUUGGCUUGGUGGAAUUACUUUUAUAUUUAUGUUUACAUUUUGGGUUUGUUUUGUUUUAUUAUUUGUAUGGUUAUAUACAAAAUAUUCAGGUGAAUAUACUGAAAUUGGUGAAUAUAUCGAUUAUUUUGCUGAUGUUAUUUGGAAUAAUGCAUUUCAACCAGCCUAUUCAAAAUGUUUACAAUCUGCAAUGCGUUCUGUACUUGGACAUGCAAAAACUACUUAA